UUGCUGGACGACAAGAUGAUCGACUACUUUGACAGCGAGCAUCAGGCAACAGUUCCCAGACAGGAGUGGAUGAGAGAGCGUUUACCUGCUGAUUACUGGGAAAGAGGCACACAGUCCCGCAAGAGCAAGCAGCAGUGGUUCAAGGUCAACAUCGGCAUCCUGAUGGAGCGAAUGAGGCAGAAUGACUCAGCCAACCUCCACGUUCUUCAGAGGAUGGUGGGCUGUGAGGGUGAAACUCAGCCUGACGGCACGCUCAGGUUUGUCCGAGGCGUGCACAUGUACAGCUACGAUGGAGACGACUUCCUGUCCUUUGAUGAUAGAAGCGGAGUCUGGGUCGCUCCGACUCCCGAGGCACAACCCACCAAGAGGAAGUGGGACGGCGUCCAGGUGCUGAAAGAGUACACCAAGGGAUACCUGGAGAACGAGUGCAUCGAUUGGCUGAGCAAGUUUGUGUAUUAUGGACAGAAGCAGCUCAAAAGGAAAUGACGCAGACGUGGAGCCGACAACAACCAAG